AUUUAAGCGACGCGCUGGGUGUGUCACGCUUUUUAAUGUCCGUCGAUCACACAGCGGCGCUGCAGUUUUAUGCGUUUAAUUUCGCUAUCACAUUGAAAGCCAAAUGGACUGUGAGACGCAGAAAGAUGCAGAAUUGGAGGCGCCAUCAAUUAUCGACCGAUACUACACGCGAUGGUACAGAACGGAUUUGAAGGGGCAACUUUGUGAGGACCACUGUAUUCUCCAACAUUCGAACAGAUUAUGCGUCGUCACUUUAGCAGAAACUCAUCCAGUUCUCCAGAAUGGACGCACCAUCAAGAGCAUAGACUACCAGAUCAGUAACGGCUGCAGUCGCUUGAACAACAAAGUGUCUGGAAAAUCCAAGCGGGGGGGUCAGUUCCUUACAGAUUUUGCACCUCUGUGUAGAAUCACGUGCUCAGAUGAGUCCAAGUACACAAUCUACAGCUGCAUCCGCGGACGUCUGCUGGAAGUCAAUGAGAACAUUUUGGAAAGACCCAAUCUGUUGUUAGAAAAGCCAUCGACUGAAGGAUACAUCGCCGUCAUCCUCCCCAAGUUUGAAGAAAGCAAGAGUGUGACAGAAAAUCUGUUGAGCAGGAAAGAGUUUGAGAUUGUUGUCUCCAAACGUGAUCAACCACAAUCUUCCUGAUGAAGAAUCUGAUCUUCAAGCAGAAACAGCCUUUUUUUCCCCCUCAAGACUGAUAUAUUGAAAACUGUGUAUUUAUCAAUACUUGUAGAUUUUGUUUCAGUCUCAACAUUAUGUAAAGUCUUCUUGUGUUUUUUUU